UGCUUUUUUCCAGCAGAGCCACAGGUUCCUUUAGUAGGUCAGACCCAGACCGGAUAGCUCCCGGAACAAUGUCAAGCUGAAACUAAACUCCUUUAGCCGAUGAGUUGUUUUGAUUAUAAUCUAUUUAAGUUGUUUUGUUUUGAUCAUUCAAACACCACCAUAGGCUGUAGAAUGGAGAUCGGUGCUUUACCAUGAAACUCCGUGCGCAGUAUGACAGAGGAGCAUAUUGCGAGUCUAGAAGAGCGUUUAAACUGAGGGAUUCACCUGAUCCGAUGCAACCCGACCCGAGCCCUCAGGAAGAGAAAAACGGGCUGUCAUUAACCCUGCAGCCGGAGCUGCUCGCCCGAAUGCCGGGUGCUGGAAGUGCCAGCGGGCCGGAAACGGGCGAUGAUGUCCGGGUUCCUAUCGGCAGCUCAUCGGGGUCGACGAAUGGACGUGGCGCUACUACGCGAAGGCUGAGAGCGGCGAGCCACAGCCACUCCCAUUCUCACGGACACACGCACAGCCACGAACACGAGACGGACAGCGGCGAGUCAGACCUGGAAUCCGGAGAGUCCAACAGCUCAUUAUCAGAGCUCCGCUACCUCCUCCGCUGGCUCAAGAAAAGUCUUCCUUUCAUAGUUAUUCUCUCUGCGAAACUAGUCAUUCAGCACGCUCUGGGUCUGGCUGUUGCAGUGGGUCUGUUUACCACUUUUAUGUAUGUCAACAAAAGCAUUCAAACGCAAGUCUUUCUCCACGACCGAAGGAGGAAGUUGCAUUGUGCCUGGCUCUUGCUGUUCCUCACAUCCUCCAGUCUCCUCGUGUUCUACACUUUUCACACUCAGUCACUUUAUCGCUGCCUCAUUUUUGCCAACGCUACGAUAGAUUCUCAAAACUUCUGGGAGGUCUUAUGGAGCGUUGGUGUGACUAACUUCAUCGUGAAGUUUUUCUUCAUGGGGCUCAAGUGUCUUAUUCUCCUCGUCCCAUCCCCACUCAUGACAUACCGGCGAAGGGGUCAGUGGUACAUGCUCAUAGAGGAGAUGGGUCAGUUGUAUCAGGUGAUUGCUCCUGUCCCACUCUGGUUCCGGUAUCUGGUCAGCUACGAUGAGAAGGACACCUCAGUGGGUCUGACUUUGGGAAUCCUGCUAGCCUUGGUCUACCUCAUAAUGAAGCUUUUGGCACUGUAUGGGCUGUCAGGAUCAUUGCAAAAAACAUUACGGACUUUUUUCAGUUCUGAGGUGAAUGGAGCUCCAGCCAGUCCAGCUCAGGUUAGAGAGGCAGGUGACAUUUGUCCGAUCUGUCAGGCUGAUUUUAAGCAGCCUCGAGUCCUCGUGUGUCAGCAUAUCUUCUGCGAGGAGUGCAUAGCCCAGUGGCUUAAUCAGGAGAGGACCUGCCCCCUCUGCCGCAAUAUCAUCACAGACAAGGUGCACAAGUGGAAAGAUGGUGCAACAUCAGCUUAUUUACAAAUCUACUGAACACGCUGCUCACUGAAAGGAUGAACAAACAGUGUUGAGACAUGUUGAAACAUUCGACCAGCAGUGGAUCCACAGGAUAUGUCGAUUGUUCCUCUCAAACAUCUCAGUUGAGCGAACAGCACUUGUUAUAAGGCAAUAGUCACUAGAAAAAUCGGCAGUUUGAGUUUUUUUAUAUAUAUAUAUAUAUAUAUAAAUCUUGUCUGAAGGACAAGUGCAUUCACCAGCUCUUGUAUUAUUAUUAUUAUUAAUACUAUUAUUAUUAUUGUAUGUGGAACUCCCUUAUUUUUUAAUGUUUAUAAUAUAUAUUCCUAUGAGUUCAUGCAUGCCAUUUCUGGUUUGACUAAAUUCCUUGUGGGUGUAAGCAAAAUGAUACCGUGAAAUAAUGAAUCAGAAAUUCAUGUUUGUCUCCCUUAAUCUAUUUUAAUUUCUUUUUCUUUUCUUUUUUUUUUUGUAUGAUCCUGUCAGGUACUGUGACUUUUGUAACUGAACUUGUCUUAAACACAUUUAUGAAUCCAAUUAUAAGGAGUUUUAAAAAAUUCUGAACUUUGUGUUCCAUUUUAAGUAUUCUGGUUUAUUCUGCGAUAAUCUGAAUGUGAGGUAAUUGCACAUGAACUGCUGAUUUAUUGAAUGAUGUAGCAUUAGAAUUUUGUAACCAUGUGAUUUUUUUUUGUUACUGAACAACACAUAAUAGCUCUGAUACUUUUGAAUAAGCAAAAUAUUACUGUACAUGCUAUAUGCAUUUGUACUUCAGGCUCUUCACAGAUACAUGGUAUUUUUCUAAUGCUGCACUUAGUGUGAUAAACCAAAGAGUUGAAGAAAAAACAUCUAUUUUAGUACCAUCAUACAGUAUGCAGCUGUAUUUUUUUCCAGCAUAUUUCGAUAAUUGACCAAAUAAAUUUUUCAAACUGUUAAGAAGUGUAUUUGAAAUACUUGCCCAGUAAAUGCAAUAUCAAAUUCCAGGGUUGCUUGUUAAAUACUCUAAUUCAACUUUAUUGAUGUUGUAGAAUUCUCCAGGGAUUAAAAUGAGUUUUAAAACAAAACACCAGAUAAUUCAUUAUAAACAACCUCAUGUCAUUCAGUACUUUAAAUCCAUUCAUUUUAAAACCAAAAUGUGCCACUGUUUAAUAAACACAGCACUUCAAGCAUUUGCAUUUAAAAUGCAAAAUGUUUCCUUAUCUGCAUCUCAAUUCUUUUUACAGGCAUUUUUCCAUUCAUUUUACUUUAUAAACCAGGAAGUUUCAGAAUUGGUUCCAACCCUGUUUCAUAAUGGAGCACACAGAUUUUCGAGAUCAGGUUCAGUUGAACUCUUUGUGAAGCUCAAUUACACACCACAUUAUAUUUUGUAUAAGGAACAUAUAGUAGUGAAGAUUAAAAAAAAAAAAAAAAAAAAA